AUGGACGGCGAAGACGACCGCAACAUUGACGCCAUUUGGCCCCUUCAUAUCGAGGUCCGGCUCAAGCCCGACGUGGUCACCCGCUUCGACACCAUCCGAAACGCAGCCAACACUUACAUCACGUCGUCCUACUCAACUCUCACAUUUCCCACCACUCUCGAAGGCUGGCAAGACAACUCCGUCCUCUCCUCUUCCGUUGACCGCAUCAUCGCCUGUGAAUCUCCCUGUCCCUCCACCUCACUUCCCAUCGAGCAAAUCGCUCUCCAGAUUCACGUUUAUCAAUACUCAGAAAAUGAUACACCAGAAGAAUACUCUAACGCUGGUGGUGCGGAGGGCGAGGAGGUCAUGGCGGCCACGGUGUGCGAAUUGCCGAGUAAGAUGUGGGACGGGCUUUGGGAUAGUUUGAUCUUUUCGGAUGACACAAAGUCGAGGCUGUUGGACUACAUAUAUGCUACCGUCUUGUUCAGUGAUGCAGACGUUGACUUCAAUAUUGUUACCUGGAACCGAGUAGUACUCUUACACGGCCCACCGGGAACAGGCAAGACGUCACUUUGUCGCGCACUCGCUCAGAAGCUGUCUAUCCGACUGUCCCAUAAAUACCCUCACUCCCGCCUCCUCGAGAUCAACUCCCAUUCGCUCUUCUCUCGCUGGUUCUCGGAAUCCGGAAAGCUUGUCCAAGGCCUAUUCAGCAGUGUCAUGGAUCUCGUCGAAGACGAAGAAACUUUCGUCACGGUGCUCAUAGAUGAAGUCGAGUCUCUGACUGCUGCUCGAGCUGGCGCCAUGGCUGGAACAGAACCAUCUGAUGCUUUGAGAGUCGUCAAUGCUCUCCUCACCCAAUUAGACAAACUUCGGUACAAGAAGAACGUUCUCGUAGUCUCGACCAGCAAUCUUGCCAAAGCCAUUGACACGGCCUUUGUCGACCGAGCCGACAUCGUACAAUAUAUUGAUUUACCACCUCGAGAAGCGGUAUACGAAAUUCUCCGCUCAUGUCUGCUGGAGCUCAUCAACAAAGGCGUAGUAGCCCCUGUCGAUGUUCCACCGAUUCAUCAAGCACUUUCCUACGUCAACACCUCUAAUUCCAGUCUAAACCAAUCCACCAUCUCGCCACGAGAACGUGCGAGGCAAGUAUCCGUACGCUUGCUUACAUUGGCUCAGAAGUGUAGGGACCAAGGCAUGUCUGGUCGAUCCCUCCGACGUCUUCCCGUCCUAGCUCAUGCACGGUACAUCGGCCUUAGUUACGUCCCCCCCGCAAAAUCCCGGGCCGCUUCCUCCUCAGUCUCCGAAUCCAUGGCCACAUCACCACCCACCACUCCCUCGCCAGCUCCCACCCAAAGGGUCAACGGGACGAGCAAGUCGAGGGGAGCACAGAUCGUCCUUACGGGGAUGGCGGGGCUCGGAACAAGGGUAGAGGUGUGGUUGGGGGCUAUGGAAAAGGUGGUGGAGAAUAGGGAGGCGGAGGUGAAGAGGUUUGAGAAGUGAGGGUUGUGUGUGGAUGUGUCGUAUGGUUUGUCCAGCUGCAGCUGCAUGCCUGCAUCCUCUGCUCUGAGUUUCUUUGUCGUUAUGGUUCCUCUGCAUUUUUUCUCCAUCAUUCGUCAACCAGCAUACAGCAGUUUUUGUAGCAUUAGUCUUUGUCGUGUAAAU